AUGACUUGGCACUGGAACUGGGAGACAGUUUGGUGGUCGUUCCACAUUCUUGCUUUGUUUCUCCGGCUGGAGUGCGUUUCGUGGCUCUCAUACAUCCAUCCGGACGAGUUUUUCCAGACCUUCCAGCCGUUGUUCGACGACAAUGUCCCGUGGGAGUUCCAGCACGCGUGUCGCUCGAUCGUGCCAAUUAAAUGGAUCCAAAUAGUCGUCCAGAGCCUUGGAGAGUCGCCAAUCGGAUCCUACAAGCUAGUAAAACUGAUAUACUCGCUCAUGACAUUGAUUGCUAUCCAGGUUACGCUGCGCAAAUUGCAUCUUCGCAGAAGAGACUUUUCUACGGCCUUGUUGCUAGCCGACACGAGCUACGUUACUCUGGUGUAUCAAUCACACACAUUCUCCAACAGCAUCGAAACUUGUGUUCUUUUGUAUACCGUUUGGAUCAUCAAUGACAUGAGAAAGGCAUUGGAGACCAAAGAGAAGAGUAUCUCUUCGUACAAGCUUCUCUUUUUAGGAUUUUUGGUUUCUUUUGGAAUAUUCAACAGAGUUACAUUUGUCGCCUGGCUGGUUCUUCCGGCUAUCUUCGUGCUUAAAUAUGGCCUUCGAAACAAGCUUCAAUCACUGUUGGCCAUCCAGAGCUUCGUCUUUUUCAGUCUCAUAUUCAUCGCCGCAGACUCGUACUAUUUUACGGGCUCCAUUAAUACCUCCAUAAUAACGCCGCUGAAUAAUCUACUAUACAACAGCAAGAUCUCUAAUCUGGCACAACACGGGUUGCAUCCAUACUACCAGCACGUACUCGUGAACUAUCCAACCAUGUUUGGCCCGCUGAUAUUCCUAGUGUUUCCAUUCACGACAAAAAACAUCAAGUCUACGUCGUUCUUGACAGUGGCAUCGGGAAUGAUAGUAUUGAGCCUUGUUCCACACCAAGAGCUUCGUUUCCUCAUUCCUAUGGUGCCAUUAUGGGCCAGCUGCGUUGACAUAUCAAGGUCCACAAUCAAGAAAGUGCUGUUGAUGCUUUGGAUUCCAUUCAACCUAGGAAUGCUGGUUUUCAUGGGAAAAUUGCAUCAGGGAGGCGUUAUUCCAGCUAUGCAAGAGCUGCAGCAUCACUCAGGAAACUUUGUGUUCUGGAGAACAUACAAGCCCCCAACAUGGUUCCUACAAAAUGGUUCAUUAUCAUAUAUCAACAAAGAUGAGCCGGACUUUGCAAAUAGAGCAAGAAAUGCGACGUCUCCAUUUGUGAUAGACUGCAUGGGCUAUGAGUACGAGUCCCUCGAGCCAUUGCUAUCUGACAUUACAGAAGCUAACGGACACUAG